UUCAAGGCAUCUCUCGCUCCCUCUCCCUCAGCCAAGGCUCAGCCUCAGCAAACCUUCCUCCUCCUCCUCCUCCUCUUCCUCCUCCUCCUCCUCCUCUCCUUCCUUCGUCCUGGCCAUGAGAGGCACGGGCAGCAGCAGCUGUGCUCCCCCAGCCCCCUGUUCCGCCGCCCCGGCUGUGCCCCACUCGUCUCCCCGUAAGUGAAGAAGAUGAGACAAGAUCCUGACUGAGCAAAGACACUGUUGCAUAUGAGAUGGAGCCCAGUGCCUGGUAGGUUCACAGCUUCCCACAGUGGCAGCAGGAUGCCUCCGCUCCUCGCUCGCAUCCACUCCCUGCAGCUGUGGCAUCUCCUCCUCGUCGUCUUGGCCGUCCCUCCUCCUGGCACAUGGUCUCUUCGCUCUCGGGGCCCGGCGGCCGCUCGGCCUCUUUGCACCCGCCGGAGCCCCUCGGCCCCGCGGUCCAUCUGCAUCUGGGAAAGGACCUCGCAGUCGGAGCGGGAUUCCCGCUCAGAUUCCCGCUCGGAUUCCCGCUCGGAUUCCCGCUCGGCCCUGCCGCGCCAGCGCGCCCUGCCCGUGCGGGGAGCGGAGCUGCGGCACGUGGUGCGGCUGAGGCGCCAGGCUGCGGGGGCCCGGCCCGCCACCCCCUCUGGAUUUGAGGAUGGCAUGCCCUCCUCCCAGUACCCCUGGGCCAUUGUGUGGGGUCCCACGGUGUCAGAUGAGGAUGGAGGUGACGCAAACUCAGCCAACCCAGGCUUCCCACCGCUGGGAUACACCUUUGUCUCRCCACACGGGAUAGCGACGGCGCAGCCCAACUCCCACUCGCUCCUGCACAACGCAGGGCUCAACCUGCGUGAGACCCCGGCUACCCUGCGGCCUUUCCUGUUCGGGCCCCGGGGGGAAGGUGUGGACCCCCAGCUGUAUGUCACCAUCACCAUCUCCAUAAUCAUUGUUCUGGUUGCCACUGGAAUCAUAUUCAAGUUCUGCUGGGACCGUAAUCAGAAACGCCGGCGUCACUCGGGGCAGCAGAGCAGCGGGAGGCAGCAGGAGAGCCAGCAGCCUCUCACGGACCUCUCCCCCACCACUGUCAGCAUCCUGGGGCCCUAYGGCGACCCCCUGACCCCCACGCCUGAGGCAGUGGAGUCCAGGCAGGGCCAGGAGGGUGCAGAGAARCUGGGUGGCCAUGGGAAGAACGCAGCCUUCCAGCUCAACCGGAUCCCACUGGUGAACCUGUGAAGCUCCUGGGAGAGGCUGAGCUGGCUCCCCCACCCUUCUGUCACAGCUGGCGAGCGCAGACUCCGGCCGCCUCUGCUACCCCAGGAAAGAACAACCUCCUUGUGCCACGGCCCACCACCACCACCAUUAUUAACUAACCCCACUGGGACAUGCCUGGGCAAAUGGAUGAGCUGGGCCUCCUUAGCCUCCUGCUGGGGGAAGGUUGGGGACUGCCCUGCCCACACAGGACAGGGUGAUGAGAGAGCAGGAUGGUGGGAGGGAAGACAGCUGGUGGUGUGAAAUCUUGACCUCCCCAGCCCCUCUCCGAGCACAUGUGCACCGACACACUUGGAUCUCCGCAACUCUCUCACCAGUGCAUGCCUGACAUCGGGGGUAGGCAAGGUGGAAAGGUGUACCCCUGUCCCCAUGGGGCCUCACCCCUCCGUGUGUCCCUUCCCAUGUCGUGUGCUUUGCAGUGAACGUCUGGAGUUCAAUGGCUGCAGGAUUGCCCGCCAGGUGGCUCGGAUGGUGGCAACUUCAUUUGUUCCUGAGACCUUGGCCCUCCUGAGAGUCCCAAGGGUGGGUGAAGCUUGGGCAGAAGAGGCUCACAGAGCACCUGGCCCCCAUCAACAACCCAUUUCCUUGAAGGAAAUACUAUCUUUCCCCUAAAUGGAAGAUAUUCACAUCUUUCCAGUUUCUUUCUGCCUAGCACUCAUUUGGUUUUUUUUUCUCUUCAGCUUGUAUCUUCCUCACUCUGUCCUCUACAUUUUUUUCCCUCAUUUCCCACCYUGCUGCCACUUCUCUUGCCAGUUAAAGUUGGAAAAUAUUCCUUUAGCUUACCAAAUGUUUUGAUCUGUUGAAARUCACCUUGCUGUCCCUCUCCACCCCCCUCCAGUCCUUCAGCAAGGGUUUUCUGAAGAACACCAAUCUCUGAUGAUGCUUUCCAGAAAAUCUGAGGUGAAGGCAAGGCCUCUGCUCACUCUGUUAUUUAGCAAGUGUCCUGUACACAGCUAAAGUGUGGCAUGCAGACAUAGCUGGGCAUGAGGAACUUGAGUUUUGCUGGGGAGAGGUAGAGAAUUGCUUUCAGACACUCCUGGCACAGGCAACAAGGCAGAAAAUGGGGACUCUGUGCCUGGGAUGACCAAGAGCAAUUUAGACCUGACCUUAGGAACAUUGGAAGGGUUGCCAUGUACUGCUGGUAGGUCUCUCCUGGACUGAAGGUGACUGGAAACCCACGAGGCAGUGCUCAUCAAAGGCUUGGGAGAGGGGAUAUCUGGGCCCCCAAGUGAAGCUUCACUCAGUUCCCCAGCUGGUUAGACACUGAAAGCAGUGGCACAGGUAUUUGUCCAAACUGGUUGCCUGGGCAUGUCCCUCUGGGCUGUGGUGGCCUGUGGGGCAGGCAGCCACACUGUCACUUAYUUGUGUGAACAAGGUCCGUGCAUCUCCACCUCUCCUAUGCAUGGACCUAUGGGUGUCACUUUGAGGAAGUGUGAGAUGGCAAAUUUCAGCUUAAUGACAAUAGUUGCUCUUUCUUAGCUUUUAUGGACACCUUCAAAUUAAUUAAAACCCCACACUGAAGUGAAAAGAUGCACAUUUAGGUAAGGUUGUCCCUACAAACACCUUCAGCCUCUGGAUUGAUGUGGCCAGAGGCAGGAAAAUCACCUACAAUCUGAAGGCCCUAAUGCACCAUACAAGAUCUCUGACAAAAGUAAUCUUGGAGAGAGGGAAGCGGCCCUUUCAUCCUUUAYGUCUGCAUUAAAAGCCUGCUCUUUAUAGGACAAAGCACAGGGAAUUUCAUAAGAGGCCUGGUUCUGCCCGUUUACCCAGCUGAACUAUUAGGUGUUCUGGGGUCCCAUCUGACUCACUGUGAAGGGCAUUUAAAUGAGAGUGUAAAUUACAAUAAGCUUCCCAAAACAGUACAGGUUUGGAGAAAAUGACAGGUCAAAUAAAAUUACUGGCUUAUUAAAAGCACAGAGUGGCUGAAAGAUGUAGGUGGAAAAGGACUCUGGAGAUCUCUAGUUAAGCACAGGUUGAGUCUGUGCUUACAGCAGGGGAUAUURGUGCUUUACCAUAGAUUGAUCUGUUAC